AUGCAAGACCCGGAUGAUCUUCCUUUGACACUCAAAGUUUUAAUAGGUAAAACCUAUCUCUUCAAGGUUGGCAAUGAGAAAGAAAAUUUUCUCUACAAGAAUGGCACAUACAAAGUGCUAAAACUCGGCACCAACAUUGACUUGAUUACCGAGUUCGAGGAGUGGAGUCAACCAAAGGGAGGAGUGAAUACUUUGGCUUUGGAAAACUCGGUAAUUUCAGAUGCACCAGAGGGUUCAUUGUCUGGAGGGUCGUCCCAGGAAGCUGAAGCUAACACACUCACUCCUACUAAACGUCAAGGAACAACCAUUUUUAACUUGGAUGAAGGAUAUGAUGAGAUUUCGGUGACAAAUAAUUUGUGUUCAAUUCAGAUAAAAAAGGAGAAGACUGACAAAAGUGGCUGA